UGGGGAGUACCUCAUGUUACAUAAUAGAAGCUGAAUAAAAGAGCAUUCCUAACGGGCAUACUGCAAGAACAACUUGCUACCGACAAUGAGUUGUCUCGCGAAUAGCAGAAAAAAUGAUGAAAAUGAAGAGUGCCCAUUGGGCGAGCAGGAUGGGAUGCUGUAUGCUGAUUACUUACAACUUAACAAAAUCUUAACAGCUCAACGAAUGCUGAGCACAGAACACAAUGCUACAGUUCAUGACGAACAUUUGUUCAUUAUUACGCAUCAAGCUUAUGAGCUGUGGUUCAAGCAGAUAAUUCAUGAACUCGACUCAAUCAGAGUGAUAUUCAAUAAACCUGAGGGACUAGAAGAAUCUGAAACGCUUGAAAUAUUGAAGAGGUUAAGCAGAAUAGUGCUGAUAUUAAAGCUUUUAGUGGACCAAGUAAUGAUCCUGGAAACAAUGACACCUCUAGAUUUCAUGGAGUUUCGAGAGUAUUUAUGCCCUGCAUCAGGUUUUCAAAGUGUUCAAUUUCGAUUGAUUGAAAAUAAAUUAGGGAUGAAACAAGAAAACAGAGUCCGAUUCAAUCAAAGUUAUCAUAGUGUGUUUGGUAGGGAUGAAGUUGCCCUUGCAGACAUUGCCCAAUCAGAAAAAGAACCAUCUUUAGCACAAUUAGUCGAAAGGUGGCUUGAGAGGACUCCUGGUCUUGAAACUGAUGGCUUCAAUUUUUGGGGAAAAUAUAAGCAAAAUGUAGAGGUUCUCUUAAAAUCCUACUACACCUCUGCGACGGCAUCGCAAACUGAAUCUGAAAAAAGUUUUAAACUAGCUGAUUAUGAAAAAAAGAAAGCUACCUUUGACUCUGUUCUAAAUCCAAACAUUCAUGCUGCGCUUAUAAACAGAGGGGAAAGGCGAUUUACACACAAAGCUUUACAGGGCGCUAUUAUGAUUACAUUUUACAGGGAUGAACCUCGGUUUUCUCAGCCUCAUCAACUUUUGACAUUGUUGAUGGACAUUGAUUCAUUAGUCACAAAGUGGAGAUAUAAUCAUGUGUUGAUGGUUCAAAGAAUGAUAGGAUCACAAAAUUUAGGAACAGGAGGAUCAUCAGGUUAUCAAUACCUUCGCUCAACAUUAAGUGAUCGCUACAAAGUCUUUCUGGAUUUAUUUAAUCUGUCAACAUUUUUGCUCCCUCGUCAAUAUAUUCCUCCAUUGACUAGUUCUAUGAGAAAUAAAUUGAACGUAUACUGCGGGAUUUCCACUGAAGAAAACAACCCUAAGAAAUGACAAAUGAAUUUUUUUCUAUACACUGUGCAAAUAUACUUAUGUACAGAAAUGAAUACAAUUAUCCAAGUUCAAAAAUUAAUAAUUGAAAGUUUCACACUUUGUAAUUUUCUUUAAAUAUGUAUUUUGGCAUUUAAUUUAACAUUAACAACAACAAAAAAUCAAAUUUCUUUACUAUGUUCAUAUUAACAAAUUAUUUGUUUUAUAUCAUUGUACAAUAAAAAGCUAAUUAUGUAAUAUACGUAAUUGUAAACAAAUUAUAAAACAAAAUAUAUGGUA